AUGGGAGAACCUUUCAUCCGCCACAUCGCCCUCCUGGGCUUCGAGAAGCGAUUUGUGCCCAGCCAGCAUUACGUGUACAUGUUCCUGGUGAAAUGGCAGGACCUGUCGGAGAAGGUGGUGUACCGGAAAUUCACAGAGAUUUACGAGUUCCACAAAAUGUUAAAGGAAAUGUUCCCCAUUGAGGCAGGGGACAUCAACCCCGAGAACAGGAUCAUUCCCCACCUGCCAGCACCACGCUGGUUUGAUGGACAGCGGACUGCCGAGAGCCGCCAGGGGACGCUGACCGAGUACUUCGCGGCUCUCAUGGCGCUGCCCACCAAGAUCUCCCGCUGCCCGCACCUCCUCAGCUUCUUCAAGGUGCGGCCUGAUGACCUCAAGCUGCCCAGCGAUAGCCAAUCGAAGAAGCCAGAGACCUACCUGAUGCCCAAGGAUGGCAAAGCUAAUAUAGCCGACAUCACGGGGCCCAUCAUCCUGCAGACAUAUCGCGCUAUUGCUGACUAUGAGAAGACUUCAGCCUCAGAGAUGGCCCUGGCCUUGGGCGAUGUAGUGGACGUGGUGGAAAAGAGUGAAAGCGGCUGGUGGUUCUGCCAGAUGAAGACAAAGCGUGGCUGGGUGCCGGCAUCCUACCUGGAGCCGCUGGACAGUCCUGACGAGGCCGAGGACCCGGAGCCCAACUAUGCAGGCGAGCCCUACAUUACCAUCAAGGCCUACACUGCGGUGGAAGAGGAUGAGGUGUCCCUGGGUGAGGGCGAGACCAUCGAGGUCAUUCAUAAGCUCCUGGAUGGCUGGUGGGUUAUCAGGAAAGAGGACAUCACAGGCUAUUUCCCAUCCAUGUACUUGGAAAAAUCGGGGCAGGACCUGUCCCUGGCCCAACGCCAAAUCAAGAGCCGAGGGGCGCCGCCUCGCAGGUCGUCCAUCCGCAAUGCGCACAGCAUCCACCAGCGAUCGCGGAGGCGCCUCAGCCAGGACACCUAUCGCCGCAACAGCGUCCGCUUCAUGCAGCAGCGCCGCCGCCCAGGACGACCGGGACCGCAGAGCGCGGGGCCCAGCCUGCAGGAGCAACCACAGGCCGAGCGGUCGAAGCCGCAGCCGGCGGUGCCCCCACGGCCGAGCGCUGACCUCAUCCUGCACCGCUGCAGCGAGAGCACCAAGCGGAAGCUGGCAUCCGCGGUCUGA